CCCGCCCGCACGCCGCGCCCCUACUACGCAGCACGCACCACCUCCCCUCCGCGUUCGGUGAAGCGGCCCUGGAUCUGGGCUGAUCGGUCGCCGGCCGCGUCGGCGGGGAGGGAGGAUCGAGAUCUCGGCUCGAGGGGUGCCCGCCGGAAUGGAGGUCUUCGGCCCCGUCACGCCCGGACAGGUGUCAUUUUUGCUAGGUCUAUUCCCUGUCCUCAUCGCAUGGAUCUACUCUGAAAUCCUCGAAUACAAGAAAUCUUUGUCUCAUGGGAAAGUUCAUUCAGACACUAAUUUGGAUAAUGGAACCAUCAAGGAGGAUGACAAGUCAGUAUUACUUGAAGGAGGACAGUUGAAAUCACCAUCUACAAAGUUCAGGAAUUUGUCUACCAAAGCAAAUUUGUUACGGUUUAUAACUAUGGACGAGUCUUUUCUGCUUGAAAACCGUGCUGUACUGAGAGCCAUGGCUGAAUUUGGCGUUGUCCUGGUUUAUUUUUACAUUUGUGACCGGACAAACAUAUUUCCAGAAAGCAAGAAGAGCUACAACCGUGAUCUGUUUCUGUUUCUGUACAUUCUUCUCAUCAUAGCAUCAGCGCUUACUUCACUUAAGAAGCAUCAUGAAAAAUCAGCAUUUUCAGGAAAGUCCAUACUCUAUCUUAAUCGUCACCAGACUGAGGAAUGGAAAGGGUGGAUGCAGGUCUUAUUUCUGAUGUACCAUUAUUUUGCUGCUACUGAGAUAUACAAUGCAAUCCGUGUGUUCAUUGCUUGCUAUGUCUGGAUGACUGGAUUUGGGAAUUUCUCAUAUUACUAUAUCAAGAAAGAUUUUAGCAUUGCAAGAUUUGCUCAGAUGAUGUGGAGGCUAAAUUUCUUUGUGGCAUUCUGUUGCAUUGUCCUUGACAAUGAUCUCAUGCUUUAUUAUAUCUGCCCAAUGCACACCCUAUUUACUCUUAUGGUAUAUGGAUCACUUGGUCUAUUUAACAAAUACAAUGAGAUACCAUCAAUCAUGGCUAUUAAGAUUGCUUGCUGCUUCCUGUCUGUAAUUUUGAUAUGGGAAAUUCCUGGGGUAUUUGAACUAUUGUGGGCCCCCUUUACAUUUCUGCUAGGCUAUAAAGAUCCAUCCCCAUCCAAGGCACACUUACCCCUGCUACAUGAGUGGCAUUUCCGAUCUGGCCUCGAUCGAUACAUAUGGAUUGUUGGAAUGAUUUAUGCUUACUUCCAUCCUAAUGUUGAAAGAUGGAUGGAGAAGCUGGAAGAAUCUGAGACUAAGGUUAGAUUAUCAAUCAAGGGAACCAUUGUCACUCUUUCGUUGACGGCUGGUUUUCUGUGGUACGAAUAUAUAUACAAGCUAGACAAAGUUACAUACAACAAGUACCAUCCCUACACGUCAUGGAUCCCUAUAACUGUUUAUAUCUGCCUGCGUAAUUGCACCCAGCAGUUGAGGAGUGCCUCUUUGGCUCUUUUUGCAUGGCUUGGCAAGAUUACACUAGAGACUUAUAUUUCUCAGAUCCAUAUUUGGCUUAGGUCUAACAUGCCAAAUGGACAGCCAAAAUGGCUUCUUUGUUUCAUACCAGAUUAUCCUAUGCUUAACUUCAUGCUUACUACGGCGAUCUAUCUUCUUCUAUCAUACCGUGUGUUUGAGAUCACAAGCGUCUUGAGGGCGGCCUUUAUCCCCAGUAGGGAUAAUAGCCGUCUAUACCAAAAUUUCAUUGCUGGGAUCGCCAUCUCAGUGUGCUUGUAUCUCUGCUCACUUAUUCUCCUGAAGAUUCCUGUUGUAUAGGGAUGAAGAUACACCAAGCAAUCUUGAUAGAAGGUUUCUUGUAAAACGUUUGCUUGAUAGGAUGUUCAGGUCUGGCCUCGAUUCCCUUCUGCUGUUGUGGAGAUACUUGGGGAUGUCAGGAGAAGCGGCUAAGUUGGACAUAUGGGAAUUGGGAAAUUGAAUUGCCAGAUGCUGCAGAUACAGAAGUCCAAUUUUUGAUCUUUUUGUUCGUUCAAAACACUGCUGUAUACAAGUAGGCAAUCCGCUCAUUCUUUUGGAAGUUGUAGCAACUACUGCUCGCCAGCCUAUGUUGAUGCAACCUCGUGUAAGAGUUAUCCUGUAGAACUGCACCGUGUUGUACCAUAGGUAUUUUGAUGCUGUACAAAAACAACGGGCUUUUCCUCUUUCUUGAAAAGAAGAAUAUAAAGGCAGAGCCCUUUGCUUCCCCCAAA